AUGCCAUGACUCAAUUUGCAUCCUUUGCUGAACAAACCUAUCAUCUUUUACUUGAUUCUUCAACCCAACAAGCGAAAAAACAAGUGAAAUUAGCAAACUUAAUGAAUAUGAAUUUUAAUUUGAGACAAGAAAUCUUUGGAAAUAAGGUUCUUGGAAAGAAUAAUUUGAAAAUGAUUGAAUUGGCUAGGAGAUUUGGUUUUGCCGCCAAGUUUACGGGAUCAGGUGGUGCCAUUGUUGGACUAUGGGAAGAUGUAAAUAAUAAAAACAUGAUGCUUAAUAUAGAGAAAUUGAAGGAAGAGCUGCAAAAAGAAGGGUUUGUGUUUUGUUGGAUUAAAAUUUGCGAUGAGAAGUAUGAUGAAGAACAAGCAGAGAUCUAG